AUGGAUCGACCGUACCAGGGCGGCAGCGCGGCGGCGUGCGUGGAGGAGGGCGGCAGGAAAGGCGAGACCUUUGACGACGCCGCCGCGGAGGAACUCGCGGCGAAGCUUCGUCUGAAAUUCCGGUCGGGCGAGACGCGGAACUUGGCGUGGCGCGAGCAGCAGCUGCGCAAUCUGGUGCGCAUGGCGGAGGAGCACGAGGACGACAUCAUGGCGGCGCUCAAGACCGAUCUUGGGCGCGGGCGCAUGGAAGCCCUCAUCGAGGUGCUGGGCGUAUGGAAAGCGGCGAGUCACAUGCUGAAGCACUUCAAGAAAUGGGUGCAACCCCAAAAGGUGGGCACGCCCCUGACGUUGAGGCCGGGCCACUCAGAGGUGGUGUACGAGCCGCUGGGCGUGGUGCUCAUCAUCGCGCCCUGGAACUUCCCCUUCCUGCUGUCUCUGGAGCCGCUAGUAGGAGCGCUAGCAGCGGGCAAUGUGGUGGUGCUCAAGCCUUCAGAGCACUCCCCCGCCUCCUCGCACCUGCUCUCGCGCCUCCUCCCCCUCUACCUCGACUCACAGGCCGUGCAGGUGGUGGAAGGCGGACCAGAAACCGGCAAGGCGCUGCUUGGGCGGCGGUGGGAUAAGAUCUUCUUUACGGGCGGCACUGCGUUAGGACGCAUAGUGAUGGAGGCGGCCAGUAAGCAUCUGACACCUGUCACUCUGGAGCUGGGCGGCAAGAAUCCACUGUUCAUCGACGAGUCUGCUGACCUGGAGAUCUCAGCGAAGCGGAUCGUAUCGGGCAAGUGCACGAACGCGGGGCAGGUGUGCCUGGUGCCCGACUAUAUCCUCGCCCCCAAGGACGUGGCUGCUAGGCUGCUGCCCCAUCUCAAGGCAGCAAUCGAGCAGUUCUACGGCACCAACCCCGCUCUCUGCCCCGACCUCGCACGCGUCAUCAACGCCUCCCACGUGCACCGCCUGCAGAAGUUGCUUGAGCACCCUGCGACCGCCUCCUGUGUCGUGCACGGGGGGCAGAGCGAUGUUGAGUCACGGUACUUUGCACCAACGCUGCUGCUCAACGUGCCCUGGGAUGCCCCCAUCAUGCAGUCCGAGGUCUUUGGACCCAUCCUGGCCAUCCAAACUGUGUCGGGAAUCGACGAGGCGAUUGACAUCAUCAACGCGCGCCCAAAGCCUCUCGUGGUGAUGGUGUUCUCGUCCCGAGAGGACACGCGGCAGCGCUUCCUCAAGGAGACCAGCUCGGGUGCUGUCGUGGCCAAUGAGCUCAUUCUGCAGGUGUGGAUAGGGGGGAUGAAGUUGGGGAAUAGGAGGGAGGGCGAGGGGAGAGGGAGAGUCGAGAUGGUGGUGAUGGUCUUCACGUCCCGGAAGGACACGCGGCAGCGGUUUGUCAAGGAGAUCAGCUCGGGUGCUGUGGUGGCCAACGAACUCAUCCUGCAGGUGUGGGGGGGAGGAGAGGCAAGAGGGUUCACGAGUGAAGCGGGAGAAAUAAGGCAUGAGGUUAGCGAGUGUGUUCACGUACAGAAGCAGUUCCUCAAGGAGAGCAGCUCGGGGGCUGUCGUGGCCAACGAGCUCAUCCUGCAGGCGGGGCAGGGAAUGUUAGAGCGUCAAUACCCGCUGGGGGUGUCACCCCCUUCUCACACCACCUCCCAUCCCUUUUUCCCUCCCCAAUCUCUCCCUUUGUCUGUCCCAUAUCUCUCCCUUCUUUCCACUCUGGGGCAGGCGGGCAACCUAGAGCUACCGUUCGGGGGAGUGGGAGACAGUGGCACGGGGCGGUACAAGGGGCGCUACUCCAUCGACCUUCCCAUGAAGCCCACUCCUCUUCAUUACCACCCACUCCUCCCCCCACCACACCCUCUUCCCUCUCCCAGGCGGGCAACCUGGAGCUGCCAUUUGGCGGUGUGGGAGACAGCGGGCAACAUGGAGCUGCCAUUUGGCGGUGUGGGAGACGGUGGCAUGGGGCGGUACAAGGGGCGCCACUCACUGGACUUGCCCGCGGGCAAUCUCGAGUUGCCGUUUGGUGGUGUGGGAGACAGCGGCAUGGGGCGGUACAAGGGGCGCUGGUCCAUCGACUGCUUCAGCCACUGCAAGGCCGCCUACACCAGACCCCUCUCAGGGGACCUGGCAGCGCGCUUCCCUUACUACCAUCUCCUCCCCCCUCCCCCCCUUCUGCCCCCCCCCUCCCAUCCACCUCUCCCCUACCUCUUCCCACGUCUCCCCAUCACCCAUCUCAGGCGGGCAAUCUGGAGUUGCCAUUUGGAGGAGUGGGAGACAGCGGCAUGGGGCGGUACAAGGGGCGCUGGUCCAUCGACUGCUUCAGCCACUGCAAGGCCGCCUACACCAGACCGCUCUCUAAAGACCUGGCAGCGCGCUUCCCUCCCAGCACACGGCGCGGGGAGAUGA